AUGAAUAUGGCUCAAUUAGUUAUGCGACCAGAUAUGGCUAAACAACUUGAGCAGUUUCAGGCACAAUUUGGUGUAACAUCACCAUUGUUGGUGAAGCCAUCGGUCCCAUUUGACAGUCCAUUUGCGAUUGCAUCACUUACGAAGGUCGAUAACAAAGAGGAACGACGAGAGGAAAAGCCUGUUAUGCACGAUGCUGCUCCAUCUGUAUCGGAACAACGAGAUUCGUUGAAUAUCUCGGACGACGGGGGUGAGAGUCCAGAUGAAAAUGGCAAACGAAAACAGCGAAGGUAUCGAACGACAUUCAGUGCCUAUCAAUUGGAUGAACUCGAAAAAGUCUUUGCACGUACACACUAUCCUGAUGUGUUCACAAGGUUUGUAUUCUGUAGACGAUGUACCCACCCAGUGUGGUUUCAAAAUCGGCGUGCUAAAUUCCGUAAACAAGAACGAAGCAGUCAUCAUCCGUAUCCACAUCCGACGCCAAUGGGUGAUCUGCCGUAUCCGAUGAUGUUAAAUCAGGAGCUUAUGGCAGUCAUGAAUCAGCAUACGAUGAAUCAUGUUGCUCAAGCUGCAGCAGAGUCACUUCUGAUGACGCCAAGUGCGAUGUUGGCAGCGGCUGCCGUACGACGUCCACAUUCGCCGGCGAUCACGCCGGCCGUCUCAGCGGCUGCACCGAUCAUCCCGUCGGCUGUGGCAAUGCCAUUUCCGUCUCCACUUAUGCAGCAGGACGUGCUCAACAUGGUCAUGGCCACGAUGCCACAGACUCAGCAGCUCAUGUAUCUGCAACAUAUGUCUCGGCUAAACGAAAUGUGUAAACAACUGGCGUCAACCACGACCACAACGGCCAGUUCUGUGGCGGCGGCAGCGGUGACGGCUACAGUCACGCCAAGCAGCGUCGCGUCGCCGGUCACGUCGUCGCCCGCCACAGUUGUCGCCACCACCGCAUCGCCGACCACGUCCACAUUAUCAGCCAAUUUCUCUGACCUCUCAACACUCAUCAACUCACCUGCAAAGAACGAGUGA